AUGUCAUUUGACGGAGCAAUUGGAAUUGACUUGGGUACUACUUAUUCAUGUGUUGGUGUUUAUAUGGGAGAUAAUGUAGAGAUUAUACCCAAUGAUCAAGGUAAUAGAACUACACCCUCCUAUGUUGCAUUCACCGAUGAUGAACGUUUGAUUGGUGAUGCUGCCAAAAAUCAAGUUGCAAUGAAUCCUCAUAAUACAGUGUUUGAUGCUAAACGUCUGAUUGGUAGAAAAUUCAGUGAUACAAGUGUUCAGAAUGAUAUUAAGCAUUGGCCUUUCAAAGUAAUUACCAAAGGAGAUGAUAAACCAUAUAUUCAGUUGAAACAAAUCUCAUCCAUGGUCUUGACCAAAAUGAAAGAUAUUGCAGAACAAUACGUUGGAAAGAAGGUCCAAAAGGCAGUUGUCACUGUUCCAGCUUACUUUAACGAUUCUCAAAGACAAGCCACUAAGGAUGCAGGUCAAAUUGCAGGUCUAGAAGUUUUGAGAAUUAUCAAUGAACCAACAGCUGCUGCAAUUGCCUAUGGGUUAAAUAAGAAGGAUGAGAAGUAUGUUUUGAUUUUCGAUUUGGGUGGUGGUACAUUUGAUGUAUCAAUCCUAAAUAUUGAAGAUGGUGUUUUUGAGGUGAAAGCUACUGCUGGUGAUACUCACUUGGGUGGUGAAGAUUUCGAUUCAAGAAUGGUGGAAUACUGCUGUACAGAAUUCAAGAGAAAGUAUAGAAGAGACGUUCAUGAUAAUCCAAGAGCUUUGAGAAGAUUGAGAACUGCUUGUGAAAGAACAAAGAGAAACUUGUCAUCUGCCUCCACUUCAACUAUCAAUGUUGAUUCAAUUGUUGAUGGAAUUGACUUGGACAUUCCAAUGACUAGAGCCAAAUUCGAACAAUUGAAUAUGGAUAUGUUCAGAAAUUGUUUCGAACCAGUUAAGAAGGUUCUCCAAGAUUCUGGUUUGGACAAGGCACAAAUUGAUGAUGUUGUCUUGGUCGGUGGUUCAACUCGUAUUCCAAAGGUUCAAGAAAUGCUUAAGGAAUUCUUCAAUGGUAAGGAGCUCUGUAAGUCCAUCAAUCCUGAUGAAGCUGUUGCUUAUGGUGCUGCUGUUCAAGCUGGUGUUUUGACUGGUAAGGAAACUAAGGUACUUUUGAUUGAUGUGACUCCUUUGAGUUUGGGUAUUGAAACUGCUGGUGGUGUAAUGGCUAAAUUGAUUGAGAGAAAUACAACUAUUCCAUGUAAGAAAUCAGAAAUGUUUACCACCUACUCUGAUAAUCAAACAGCUGUCACUAUUCAAGUUUUUGAAGGUGAGAGAACAUUAACAAAGGAUAAUCACUUGUUGGGUAAAUUCAAUUUGGAAGGAAUUCCACCUGCACCAAGAGGCGUACCAAAGAUUGAAGUUUUCUUUGAAAUUGACUCUAAUGGUAUCAUGAAAGUUGGAGCAAAGGACACUUCAUCUGGUAAAACUCAAAACAUUACAAUUACCAAUGAGAAGGGUCGUCUCAGUAAGGAGGAAAUUGAAGAAAUGUUGAGAAAGGCCAAAGACAUGGAACAAGAAGAUAAGGAAAUGAGAGAAAAGAUUGAUUCCAAGAAUCAAUUCGAAUCCUACGCCUACCAAAUGAAAUCAACAACAGAAGAUCCAAAUCUAUCUGGUAAACUCUCAGAAUCUGACAAGAAUGUCAUCAAGAAGGCCUGUGAAGAAGCAAUGAAUUGGAUUGACAAUAAUAACAUGGCCUCAAAGGACGAAAUUGAAAGAAGAAAGAAGGAUUUGGAAAACAAAUGUGCUCCAAUUAUCACCAAAUUAUAUCAAGGAGAAGCUCAACAACAACAAACACCAGGAGGUUAUGGCCCUUCUAGUGGCAGUGGACCAACUACUUCGAGCACAGCUCAACCAAAGUUUGAAGAUGUGGAUAUCGACUAAUUUAAGAACUUGUAAAUAAAAUGAUAGCAAAUUAAAAC